AUGGCCGCGUCUCGCCGCUCCUCCGUUGAGCUGCCCGUCGCCGACCCGGCGGCGGACCGAGACCAAGUCCGGCUGCGCCAGCUGGGCUACAAGCAGGAGCUCAAGCGAGGCCUCUCCGUUCUUUCCAACUUCGCCUUGUCUUUCUCCAUCAUUUCCGUGUUCAUGGGCGUGACCAUCACAUACAACACCGGCCUGCGCUACGGCGGCCCCGUGUCCAUGACGCUGGGGUGGUUGCUCGUCUCCGCCCUCAACGGCUGCGUGGCGCUGUCCAUGGCGGAGAUCUGCUCGGCGUACCCGACCUCCGGUGGGCUCUACUACUGGAGCGCCAAGCUCGCCGGCAAGGAAUGGGCUCCCUUUGCAUCCUGGCUCACUGGAUGGUUCAACAUCGUGGGACAGUGGGCGGGUACCACGAGCGUGGACUUCUCGUUGGCGCAGCUUGUGCAGGUGAUCGUCCUGCUUGCCACCGGAGGGCUCAACGGCGGCGGCUACAUGGCCUCCAAGUACGUCGUGCUGGCCAUCUACGGUGCCAUCCUGGUCGUACACGGGUUAAUGAACAGCCUCCCUAUCCGGUACCUGGCAUGGUUCGGCCACCUCGGAGCAUUCUGGAAUACCGCAGGUACAUUUGCUCUGGUGAUCAUCAUUCCAGCCGUUGCGACGGAGAGGGCGGGCACGGAGUUUAUCUUCACACAUUUGAACACAGACAACGGCAUGGGGAUCCACAACAAGGCUUACAUUCUUGCCUUGGGGUUGCUGAUGAGCCAGUACUCGCUCAUGGGCUAUGACGCAUCCGCACACAUGACGGAGGAGACGAAGAACGCGGACUGGAGUGGCCCAAUGGGGAUCGUCACCUCCGUUGCUCUGUCCAGCGUCUUGGGAUGGAUUUACCUGGUGGCCUUGGCGUCGCUGAUGACGGACAUCCCCUACCUCCUGGACCCCGGCAACGACGCCGGCGGGUACGCCGUCGCGCAGGCUCUGUACGACGCCUUCCACCGGAGGUUCGGCAGCGGCGCCGGAGGCAUCGUGUGCUUGGGGACCGUCGCCGUCGCCACCUUCCUCUGUGGCUCUGCGAGCGUCACCAGCAACUCAAGGAUGGGGUAUGCCUUCUCCAGGGACGGAGCGGUGCCAUUCUCGAACGUAUGGUACAAGGUGAACAAGCAUGAGGUGCCCUUGAACGUCGUCUGGCUCUCCGUGUCCGUGGCAUUCGCCAUGGCUCUCACGUCGCUGGGGAGCCAGGUGGCAUUCCAAGCGAUGCUGUCGGUGGCGACGGUCGGAGCAUACAUCGCCUACGGUCUGCCCAUCGUCUUCCGCGUGACCACGGCCCGGAGAUCCUUCGUCCCGGGACCGUUCAACCUCGGGAGGUACGGCCUCCUCGUCGGUUGGGUCGCCGUCGCGUGGGUGGCCGCCGUCGCCGUGCUCUUCUCCCUGCCCGUGGCGUACCCCGUCGCCGAGGACACCUUCAACUACGCGCCGGUUGUUGUCGGCGGCGUGCUGCUGCUCAGUGUCGGCUCGUGGGUGCUCCACGCCCGGUUCUGGUUUCGAGGGCCCAUCACCAAUGUUGACGCGUAG